AUGUAUCCGAGACAAUGGAUCCCUUGUACCUAUGCGUUGCGGGCAUCUGCCCGCUCUAGGGGCGGGGGAGUUCUGACGAACGGCGGGGAUACCGCCGGGCGUACUCCUGACAGCAGCAAGAGGCGGGUCCCAGGGACGCAAUCGUACCCAUUGGGCGGCAGUGUACCCUUGCACCCCUCCUUCCGGUCAUCGCCUAGCACUUCCCCUUGCCCCGUUCGCCACCGCUACUUCCCCACCACACCCCCCUAG